CAUGCGCGAUGGUAAAAGGAAUGUAUUAAAUAUUUUGUGAAAGCGGAAGGAGAAAGGGAGCUCUCGAGAUCUCAUCGCGCUCGCGUUUUCGAUCAGCGAACCGCAAACCCUACUGGAUUUCGCGAGGUAUUCACGGAUCUCGAUAUCGCCGGAGCCAUGAUCUCCGCAAGCAAGCUCAAAUCCGUUGAUUUCUACAGGAAAAUACCCCGAGAUUUGACGGAGGCAUCACUUUCUGGUGCAGGAUUAUCCAUCAUAGCAGCAUUCUUCAUCAUGUUUUUGUUUGGAAUGGAGCUAAACAAUUAUUUGACAGUGAGCACAUUGACAUCUGUAAUUGUUGAUAGAAGUUCAGAUGGCGAGUUUUUGCGAAUUGAUUUUAACAUAAGCUUCCCAGCAUUAUCAUGUGAAUUUGCAUCUGUUGAUGUGAGCGAUGUACUGGGAACAAACAGGUUAAAUAUUACAAAAACAAUUCGCAAGUUUUCUAUAGAUCCGAACCUGGUAUCAACUGGAUCUGAAUUUCAUUCGGGACCAAUCCCUGUGAUAAAUAAACAUGGGGAUGAUAUUGAAGAGGAUAGUGAAGGCUCUGAUUCGUUGACUUUGGAGAAUUUCGAAAAAUAUUCACACCGGUAUUCAAUCCUAGUUGUCAAUUUUUUUGCACCCUGGUGUUCCUGGAGCAAUCGACUGAAACCAUCAUGGGAGAGAGCAGCGAAAAUAAUGAAGGAAAGGUAUGAUCCUGAGAUGGACGGACGAAUAUUGUUAGGAAAGGUGGAUUGCACUCAAGAACCGGGCUUAUGUAGAAGGCACCAUAUUCAAGGCUAUCCAUCUAUCCGAAUUUUCAGGAAAGGGAAUGAUGUUAAGGAAAGCUAUGGACAUCAUGAGCAUGAAUCUUACUAUGGAGAGCGUGACACAGACAGCUUAGUAGCGGCCAUGGAAGCUUUUGUUGCUGCUAUGCCAAGAGCAUUGGAGGAUAAGUCUAAUCACUCAAAACGUCCUGCACCAUUAACUAGUGGAUGUAGAAUAGAAGGUUUUGUACGUGUUAAGAAGGUUCCUGGUAAUCUUGUUUUCUCAGCUCACUCGGGAGCACACUCCUUCGAUCCAUCUCAAAUAAAUGUCUCGCAUGUUGUUUCACAAUUUUCAUUUGGAAAAAAGCUCUCAACCAGGAUGAUGUCAGAAGUGAAGAGACUAACACCAUAUCUCGGUGCAAGUCAUGAUCGGUUGAUGGGACAAUCAUACAUUACUCAUCAUGAUCAUGCACACGAUAAUGUUACUAUAGAACACUAUCUCCAAGUCGUAAAAACAGAAAUAGUGUCAAGAAGAUCUUCACAAGAAUACAAAUUGCUGGAGGAGUACGAGUACACAGCCCACAGUAGUUUGGUGCAUAGUCUUUACAUCCCCGUUGCCAAAUUCCAUUUCGAGCCGUCUCCCAUGCAGGUCUUGGUAACUGAAGUCCCAAAAUCCUUCUCCCACUUCAUCACCAACAUUUGUGCCAUCAUUGGAGGCGUAUUCACGGUUGCAGGAAUACUGGAUUCAAUUUUCCACAACACUGUUCGACUUGUGAAGAAGGUUGAGUUAGGCAAGCAAUUUUGAUGGAAAUGGUGAUGCUUUUCUAAUUGAACUUCUCAAAUUCUUUUUGCCCAUUGAUUAGGAUUUGUUCACUGAAGAUCUUGAUAAGUUUUAAUGAGGAAACAUAUGCACUUUGCAGUUAUAGUGAAUACUUGGCCAUUGUAAUCACUGUUAUAGAAAUUUCCCCUCAAUCAAAUAGAAGAAUUGGUUCAAUCUUA